AUGCCGUGCGGCGACCCCGAGGUCGAGCUCGAUUUCACCGCCGACGGCAGCCACUUCACCGCUAAGGAGGGCGGGCAGUUCCUCGUUCUGCCGCGGGACGGGACCGGCCCCUUCCGCUGCCAGCUGACUCUGCCGGGUGUGCUGCUCUGCCGCCCGCCGGGCGAAGGGAGGCUGCCGAAAACGCUUGAUUGGACGGACGAGUUCGCCACCAAGGGGGGUGCCAAGGAGCGCGCGGCGAUGGAGGGCGUCAGGUACUUGCUCAAGAUUGGCGUGCUGGACGCGCAUUUCGAGAUCGUCGGCCGAGCCGCAGCCCUCAGCCAGCUGAGGGAGAGGGCGAGCGGGCGGCAAGGCAGCACGCGGGCAAACCGGCGCCAGCUGGCCAGCCUCGCGCUACUGCUGCCCGGACCUGUGCCCGAGGCGGCGCGUUCCUUCGCCGUCGGGGCUCAAGGACAGCGCGUCGCGUGCCGGCUGGGCGGACCGCACGCGAUGCGUCUCACGCGUGGCGCGCUUGCGGACGUGGCGCAUUGGCUCGUCGGAUCGCUUGAGCUUAUCCAGGGGGGCUGCGCCGGCGAGCCGUUGCACGCGUCGAUCGGUGCGAUGCAGCAGUUGCUGGCUUGGGAUCACGUUUCGGGUUCCUUCCGGCCCGACCCACGGCGCAUUCUCGACGGCCGGGAGGGGCAACUGCCUGAGCUGCGCGGUUUCAAGUUCACCAACCGUUGGGUCAAGGAUCCUUCCAGCGAGCCGGCUGUAUUUGCCGCUCUGGUCCAGGAGAUGCUCCUGUUCUACAAGGCGCCUCUGCCCGUCGUCGUCACUCUCGACCUCGACCAGACUCUGUGGUUUGGUGAGUGCGCCGAGUGGCCGCCGGGCACGUACGAGUCGGGUUCGGCCGCGACGGGCGCCUUCCCUCUCCGAAUGGUCUCGACGGAGAAGGACGAGACGGGGCGCUACCCUCACCUCGAGCUGCAUCGCGACGUGCCUCUGAUCUUUGGUGCGCUGCGCCUUCUCCGCGCCUCUGGCGCCGUCCGCAUCGCCAUCGCGUCCGCCUCGCCAGCGCGCGGGAGCGCCUUGGCGCUGUUGGAGAAGUUCGGUUUGAUCGACGGCGAGAUGUGGCGACUGGCGAAGCGGAUGGGUGUGCCCGAGGAGGAGGUCCGGGAGCGUUUCGUGCUCUUUGACGACUCCGAGCGGAACGUCGACUCGGUGCGCGAGGAGGAGCCGGACGGCCUCCACUGCAACGCGCUCGUCCUCGACCCCGCGACGGGGCUGACGGCGGAGGCGGUGGCGCGCGGCCUAGAGCACCAUUGCAAAGAGCUGCAGCGCGAGCGGGAAGACGGCUUCGACGGCAGGCUCACCGAGGCGGAGCGACUAGCGCCCGACCGCGAGCAGCAGCGGAAAAUGCGGCAGGACCGCCUCGGCAGGAGGGGCGAGAGGCAGGCCGAGGUGGAUGGGGGCCGCGCUUCCGACAAGCUGCGCGCCUUGCGCGUGGACCCUGGCUGGUGGGUUGCGGCGCCGCUCGACGGCGAGGAGGUCAACUGGCGGCUGGUCGAGCUGGCGACCCGCCUAUUCAAAACGUGCGAGUGGCCCGGCUGCGGCUCGGACCAUCCUCUCGCUCCGGCCGACGACGACGAGGAUGCGGAGUGGGCGUACUGCGCUCUGGCAACUUACGAUGCGGAGACGCGCGUGCACUACCAGGUCCUCUCCGAGGUCUCCUUUUGCCCAGCCGACGGCACGGUGCAAGGCACCGUCCGCACGCGCCAGGCCAAGGUGGCCGAGUCGCCAGCACCCCAGUUCUUAGCGUCCACAUUGUGCAUCUACGGGCCCACAGCGCAUGCGUUCGUCUCGCUCGGUAGCUUGGCGUCCGUUAUGCGUGCCGCUUCUUGA